AUGGGGGACCUUUUUUCCUUAUUUUGGGAAGUGGAUCCUCCCCCUAUUCCUUUAAGUUUUUCCAUUCCAAAUCAGGAUUAUGAAUGCCGGAAGGAUGACUCUUGUGGAACAAUAGGGAACUUCCUGCUUUGGUAUUUUGUCAUAAUAUUGAUCCUGAUGAUCUUCUCUCGGGCUUCUGUCUGGAUGUCUGAGAAGAAAAAAGAUGAAGACAGUGGGACAAGCACUUCAGUAAGUAAAGCAAGCAAAGAUACUUCUCAUAAGCGGUCAAACAAAGAUGGUGCCUGGGACUCUUCACAAAUGAUGAAAAAAUCAAGGCUGAGCCAACUUACCCCUGUAACUAACUCAGAAGUGGCUUUGGUCAAUGCCUAUCUUGAACAAAGACGAGUCAGUCGCCAUUUUCAAUUCAGCCAGGAGAAUCAGACCCUUGACAGUGAUACUACGGAGUGUGACAGUGACGAAUCUAACUCUGGAGCAUCUUCAUGGAAGGAAAGUGAAAGUGAACACCACCUUAUUAAGAAGAGAAAGAGGCAAAAGAAUCUGGGAAAUCACCAAAUCAGGGAGAGGCCCUGUCUCCACUGCAAAGCCAUGAGAACCAAUGAAUGGUUGAUCCGUCAUUUCCUUCAAAACACUUCAGUAACAACCCCAACGAGGGGAGAUAUUCAGGAGGAAAAUUGUUUACCUAACAUUAACAAAAAAAAUCAGUAA